UCGGUUGAUAAAUUUCUAAGAAAAUAAAUUCACAUAAAUUCUUAUACAAGUUUAAAUAUUUAAACAAAUUAUUUUGGAAUUUAAUUAUUAGAAAAUAAAAUAAUUAAUUCAAGUGCAAGAAAUUUAUACAUAGCUCUACAUUUAUUUUCUUAUUAUUUUAUUUUUCGUUUUUGAAAUCAAUAAAUUCAAAAUCUAGACAUCUCUGUCUAUCGCAGUAAAAUCAUUACAAUCUGCAAAUGCAUGCAGAUAUAGUCGUUGCGUUUGUUUUGUGUGCGAGAGUUAAAAACUGAAAAUUUAAUUCGCAGAAAAUUCCAGGAUACACGACUAACCUGCUAUAGCUGCUUAUAAAAUAUUACAAAAACUACAAAAAACACAGCUUUUAAAAAGUGAAAAAUUAUCUUAAAAAUACUCAAUAAAAUGAUAAAGAUAAAACAUAACUUUUAUUUAAAGACAAUUUCAAAAAUAUCCUGAAUUAUUGAGAAAAAUAUCCAAAGUAAAAUAGAUUCUUGUUACCACACACAAAUAAAAAAAGGAUAAAAAUGUGUAGCCAGUGAAUUUUUGCUAAGCUCAUCAAAAUCCAACACCAAAAUUCGAUUUGAUAAAAAUUUUAUGAUAAAACCGACGACGGUGCCGGAAUAACUCAUUUGAUAACCAACAUCAUCAUCACCUUUUGCUGCAAAGAUGCUUUAUCCGAAGUUUCCCCGUCGCACACUGGCCCUCAUACUCUUUUGUAUGGUAAUCACACUUGGAGCAGUUGGAUCGAUAUUCUUAAUCUAUUUCUUCAAUGAAAACAGUACUCCUCUCUUUGAUACUCCAUCACUGAAAUCGGUAUAUGUUGAUGAUAAGACAAGUCAACAAUAUCGACAAAAUUUACUCGAAAAGAACGAAUACAAAUCGGAUUCGGAACUUUUGAGUAUUUAUUCGAAUUAUGUCGAAAACGAUCAAAUUCGAAUUGAAAAUAGCAGUUUGUCAAUAUUGAAAGCUGCCCAAGAAUUUGCCGCUGGUGCAGCAGCUGCUGAUGAGCGUAAGAAACAAGCUCAAGCUGUUUCCACAAAAAAGAGCAUCAAUAUGAAGGGACAGAAGGACACUUAUGCAGCAAGUUCUGAUACUAUUUACAUUGAUGAUUUCGAAAGACCAACCUACAGCAGUAAGAGUCGUGGGGAAUUGGGUGAUAUUGACUAUUUCGAUACGAUUCUGGUCGAUCAUAAGGUGGUGGGCAGUAAAAUGCCAACGGUUGAGAAAUUUAGCAGUGUCCAAAUUGAAGAAGCUGCCCCUUCAAUUGUCUACAAGACCAGAAUCAUUUCGGAGGUUUCGAACAGUGAUGGCAAUGAGAGUGAACUCAAACCCAGAAUCAACAACAAACGACGUUGGGACAAAAACAAGCUCCUGAAGUUGAGAAAAGACGACGAUGUCUACGAUUCGGAAGUCGAAACAGCCGGCAGUGGCAGUGGUGACUUCUUCGACGACACUGAAGUCAAUGAGGUCUUCAUAAAGCAGCUUAGCUCGAGGGCAAACAAGAAGGAAAAAUCAUCUCGAAAGUCGUCAAAAAUGAACAAUAUGCGCAGAAAAAAGAAGCACCGCGUCUUCAUCAGAGUCGGUGACAAAUUCAUCUCAUCUUCACCAACACUUUCGACAAUGUCAUCUGAGGACGAAAUUCGAUCCAACUGGUCCUACCAGAGGAACUUCAAGAAACUAUCUUCAUACCCAACAAAUCCAACAAUUCAUUACUCAGAGCCGUUGUCAUCAGGAAAUAAGAAAUUGCUCGUCCCAGCAGCAGUCUUCACCAACACUGGCGGCAGCAAUUCACCAACAUCUCCGUACAAUGAUAAUUUUCAAUCACAAUUGGAACUGAGUGAAGUCGGAUCGACACCAAUAGUAAAGAACUCCGAAGGCCCUCUAACCAAUUUGCGAGACAUAAGUGUAGCCUCUUCCGGGGCAGCUGAGAACAAUGAGGCGUGGAUUGAGACCCGAACCCGGCGCAUCAUGGGCAAUGUGAAGAAAAGUGAAGAACGCUCCCGCCAGCUACUCCUCUGCGAAGAAGCCGGUGGUGGUGAAUUAUGCCGAAUGUUAUUUAAGGGUCAUAUCAAUGAUUAAGUUAACAAAACAAAAUUUGCACAAAUAAAAACAGAAAAAAUAAAUGUAUGUAACUAAAAAAAUAAGAAACUGAAAAAUACUAAGGUGUGUUAGAAAAAACAAUGUUAGAAAAAAUAAAGAAGCUUUUUACAUAUCUUAAUUCAUAAAAAUAUAUAAUUAAAUCGAUAUAAGAAGCAGAAAUGAUUUGGUUUGUGUAGCAAACAAAAAUUUAAUUUAAAAAAACAGUACGCACGAGGUUGCAUAAAAAUAGACUUGAUCGUAGUUUGCAUACAAACAUUCCAGAAUUAAAUUUAAAAUUGAUGUAAAUAAAAAAAAUUGAUUCUUAAAAAAAUAACAACACCAGA